AUGAUGGCAUCCCAUGAACACCACCACCACCUCCUCGGCUUCUCCUCCUCGUCGCCGGUGACUCCCAAUCCCGCCACCAUGGCCAUGGCCUUCGACCACCACGGCCUCCUCGCCCUCCACGACGACAUGCCACCACGACCAGGAGGUGCCGAUGAUAGGUCAUGGCCACCGCAAGUGUCGACGCUCUCUCUCUAUGGCCCGGCCGGUGGUGGAUCGUCUUAUUCGCUGGCCGGCGGCGAGCAUGAGCUGCAACCUUUCACGAUGGCGCCACCGUCGAUGAUGUCCAUGCAGCAGCAGCCCUUCCGGUUAAAUAGCUCCAGGUACCUGGGCCCCGCGAAGGAACUGCUCCGUGAGUUCUGCAGCCUUGAAGGGGAUGCCAUGAACGGCGGCGUGAUGAUGCGAGCUCCGAAGCGGGAUGACGACGUGGAGGCGUCCUCACCGGCUUGUGGUCCAUGGGGCGCCAACCCGUCUGUAAGCUCCAUGGAUUACAUGGCGCUCGAGAGGAGGAAGGCCAGGCUACUGUCCAUGGUUGAAGAGGUGGACAGGUGCUACCGGCGAUACCGUGAGAAAAUGCGGGCAACAGAGUUGUCGUUCGAGGCGGUGGCCGGCACAGGGGCAGCACAAGUGUACACGAAGCUGGCUAUGCGUGCCAUGUCACGCCACUUCCGGUGCCUAAGGGAUGCGCUCGUGGGGCAGAUACGAACAUUGAAGAAGUCGAUGGGGGAGAGCAGGGAUGCCGACGGCAUGUUGGUAGCACCGGGUGCGUCAAAAGGGGACACGCCGAGGCUAAGGGUUGUGGACCAAUGCCUGAGGCGGCAAAGGGCGUUCCAGCAAUAUGGUGGUGCCGCCGCUAUUGAGAGCUGCCCAUGGCGGCCGCAGCGUGGCCUGCCAGAGCGCGCCGUCGCCGUCCUCCGCUCGUGGCUCUUUGAGCACUUCCUCCACCCGUAUCCGAAUGACGUAGACAAGCACAUUCUGGCGCGUCAGUCCGGGUUAUCGAGAAGCCAGGUUUCCAACUGGUUCAUCAAUGCAAGGGUUAGGCUAUGGAAGCCCAUGAUAGAGGAGAUGUACGCGGAAGAAACCAUACAACAUGACAACGACAAUGCUAGCGGUGGUAGAGGCGAACCUGCUCCCACGGAUCAUCACAACAACAACUUGGCAGCAUGGAUGACGGUUACGACAACAUCAGAUCAAAGUUGCCAUCGCCGUAGCGGCAGAAACAACCCUGGUGAUUGCUUCAUCCCAUCCUCCUUUGUUGCCGACAGUGGACAAUUUCUCCAUGGCUACCCAAGUUUGCACGGUGAUGGUGGCAGUGGCACGGUGUCGCUUACCUUGGGACUCCAGCAGCAACGGGCGUUUGCAUCACCGGCGAUGAUCACGCAACAACAAUCGCCGCUCAUGAUUGGAGCUGAGGAGGAAGACAUGGUGCUACCGUAUAGGAACCUCAUGGGGUCUGAGGUGUUGCAUGAUUUCGUAGGCUAG